AUGAAAUUUCAGCUCAGAAUGUUCUUAAAAGGGAAGGAGCUUUGGGGUCAUAUUGAUGGGUCUUCUCCAGCUCAUACUGAGGCAAAGGAUUUUGGUCAAUGGGUAGCAAAGGAUGCUCAGAUUGUUUCCUGGUUCAUUAUUUCCUUGAUUUUGGGAUCUAUUGAGGCUCAUAUGGUGAACAAUUUACGAUUCUUUGGCACGACUAAAGAAAUGUGGGAAUACUUGAAGCGAGUUUACAAUCAAGAUAAUACUGCGAAACACUUUCAAUUUGAACUUGAUAUGAGUAAUUAUAUCCAAGGCAAUCUUUCAAUUGAACAAUAUUAUUCUGGCUUUCUAAAUUUAUGGAGCGAAUAUACUGGCAUUAUCUAUGCUAAGGUGUCAAAAGAGAACUUAGCUAGUUUUCAGGCUAUUCAUAAAGAAAGUCACCAUGAUCAGUUUUUAAUGAAGCUCGGACCUGAAUUUGAAACUUCUCGGGUUGGGUUGUUGAACAGAGAUCCGGUUCCUUGUUUGGAUAUUUGUUUUGGUAAAUUAUCGCGCAAAGAACAAAGAUUGGUGACACAAGCUGCUAUUAGUACAACAUGUGGAUCAUCAAAAACAAUUAAUAUGACAUAUGCUGCUUAG